UGAAAAUGUUUAAAAAUAUACGGGGUAAAAAAUAAAAGCAUUUCCUGGCAGGGCACGGGUGGCGGCUGGGCUUGAGGUUGGACGCCCUGGGGCUGGGGCUGGCUCCCUGGCCCAGAGCUGUCCAGCCUCGGCCGAGUCGCUCAGCCUGGCGGAGCCUUGGUUUCCGAGUCCAACAGAGUCGCUGCUCGGCCUGCCCCAUAGGGCGGGAUUUCCCCGUGUGACGAUGUUGGAGGAGCUCUUUGAGACUGAGGAGCACACUUCACGGAGGAGAAGCGUCAGUAAAUGCCCCAAGUGACCCCCGCCAGGGCCCCGAGGCCUUGCCUACCCCCGAGGGGAGUAGUUUCUAGAUGUUGCUGAGGUCGCUAUGAACAGGAAGAAGUGUCGCCCUCUUCCCACUGCUGUCAUUGGUUGGAGAUUUAGAAAUAACAAGUUAUUUUAUUUAUUUAACAGGCACUUACGUAUGUUUGCUGUUUGCCGCACACUGUCCUGUUAAGUGCGUUACAAAUAUGUCCUCAUUUUAUUACUCAUUUUAUCCUCAUACGACCCCAAGAUUGUCACUGUUAGCCUGUUCAUUUCUUGCAGGAGGAAGUCGAGCCUCAGAGAGGUCAAGGCACUUGCCCAGGGUCACACAGCUAGUAAGGAGUGGGGCAUCUAAUAAGGCAGUCUGUGCUUUCUGCUUUUAUCCUUGCUCCUCACUGCUCCGCUUGCCCCCAUCAGAUGUGGUUGUAAGUUCCUUAUGUCUGGUUCUCUAUCUCAGGGGCAUGGAUUUAAAUCUUGAUAUGAAAUUUCGUGACUGGAUGUUUCUGAUUAACUUGGUAGUUUUGAUUCUGAUUUUCAGGCUGAGCUUAGUAGCAUGGCAAAGUGGGAAUAGGCUGUAGAAUUAGGCCAAUCUGGGCACCGGUCAAGGAUUUUUCCCUUUUUAGCUGGGUGAUUUCUGGCAGGUUACUUAACUUCUCUGAUCAUCAAAUGGGGUUUGUGAGUGUUGAGUAAGUUUCCCUACUGACAGUGCUUGUCAUCACAUGAGGCAGGCAGUGGAUGCCUUACUAGUCGCUAUACUUUUCUUCAUCUUUAUCUUGAGUAGAGAGCUUAGCUUGAGGAUACCGAGGUAAGUCCCAAUGCCUGUCUUGAAGGAGUUCACAGAAGGCCUAGGUGGGGCCUGGGGAACUUUCUAGAUCAGGAGUCAGGGAACCUGAGUUCUAGCCAGUGCUGGCUCUCUCCUACCCCAGAGACAUCAGACAAGUUUCUCUGCUCCUCUGGGCUUCACUUUCACCACCUGUAGACCGGGCAGGACUGGCUCCUCCCCAAGGCCCUGUCUGUCUAGCCAUUUUCUGAUUUGUCCUAUUUGGUGAGGAUGAGCCUGUGCCUGCGGGACCAGCCCCGAGGCAGGUGGACACAGGGGUACGUAUCUUGUCAGUGCUGCCAGCAGCUUCCUUCCGUGUGCUCUGCGUGGCCAUCCGGGAGGAGGACCAGUAGCAACAGACGGCUCUGCUUCUCCAGCCUGUCGCGACCUGAGGGUGGCGGGUUUGCAGGUGAAAAAUGCGUUAGAGGGAACUCGUUUGUGUGUUGCUCUGCAGCGGAUGCGGCUGCGGGACUGAAAGAGGUCGAGUAUUGGGAUGGGGCUGCCCGUGUGCCCCGCUGGAUGCGCACUCUCCUGGAGUGGGGGCCCGGGGUGUGUGUGGAGGGGGCGCUGAAGGGGAGGGACAGGAGCCGUCCCAGGUCCUCCGCGUCGCACAGCCUCCUGGAGGAGAGGUGGUCUCGGCAGGCAGCCGGAAGGCAAAGGCCUGGAAUGAUCCUCCUGCGCACCUGGCUGCUCCCUGUGCAGGUGCCGUGGAGUGGGAGGCCGCUCCCUCGCCUCCAGUCUAAUCUCCUCAUAAAGGGAGUUAAUGCCCUAUAAUUACACAGAUGGAUUGCACUUAGCAGCCCCGUUUAAGGAAGGGCACGAAAUGGGUUCUCUCAACAGUGUGACCUUUACCCAGUGAGUUAAAUCCCAAAGCCAGACAGUCGGAGGGUCCUGAAGGGCCUCCCGGGGUUCUGUUUCUUCUGCGCCUCCUUCGUUAUCGGCAUAGAUCUUUCCGAAUGCCGGCAGUGCUUGCAGAGUUACUGGGACUCUGAAACCGAGCAGCCUGUAUGACCAGCAUCGCCUGAUGAGCUCUAGGGGCUGUCGGCUCGUCCUGAGAGUGGGGUGGAGACACAGGAGACUGUGAAAGAAAAUGGCCCACAAGUCUGCUUUCCGUUAAAAAGGAUUAAGAGGUGUCGGCCACACCUGUGGUUUUAAGCCAGCCUGAGGGCCAGGAGGCGGCCCUGGGAGAAGCCCCUCUCGUGGGCAGUCGGAGCCUUGUGGUCCAGGGGAGAAGCUGUCCCCUCACCUGGACUUAUGACCCGCGGCUUUGCGCCCAGCCUGCCUGCCGAGUUCCACAAGAUGGGCUCCUUCCGCAGGCCCAGGCCCCGCUUCAUGAGCUCCCCGGUGCUCAGCGACCUGCCCCGCUUCCACGCCGCCCGGCAGGCCCUGCAGCUGAGCUCCAGCUCCGCCUGGAACAGCGUCCAGACUGCCGUGAUCAACGUCUUCAAGGGGGGCGGCCUGCAGAGCAAUGAGCUGUACGUGCUGAAUGAAAACAUCAGGCAGCUGCUGAAGAGUGCACUGGGAUCCUUCAUUACAGACUAUUUCCAGAACCAGCUUCUUGCAAAAGGACUGUUGUUUGUGGAGGAGAAGAUUAAGCUGUGUGAAGGUGACGGUCGCAUUGAGGUUCUGGCUGAAGUCUGGGACCACUUCUUCACCGAAACCCUCCCCACCUUGCAGGCAAUAUUUUAUCCAGUUCAGGGCCAGGAGCUGACCAUUCGCCAGAUCUCCCUGCUGGGCUUCCGCGACCUGGUCCUGCUGAAGGGGAAGCUGGGCGACCUGCUGCUGCUGGCCCCGUCCAAGCUGCCCUCAUCCAUAGUCCAGAUGUUGCUCAUCCUGCAGAGUGUUCACGAGCCCACAGGCCCUAGUGAGGGUUAUCUGCAGCUGGAGGAGCUGGUGAAGCAAGUGGUGUCUCCUUUCCUGGGCAUCAGUGAGGACCGUGGUGUCUCAGGCCCCACGUUCACGCUGGCCAGGCGCCACUCCCGGGUCCACCCCAAGGUGACUCUCCUGAACUACACCUCCCCAGUGACCACCGUCAGCCGGCCCCUGAACGAGAUGGCCCUGACCCCGCUGACGGAGCAAGAGGGGGAGGCCUACCUGGAGAAGUGUGGCAGUGUCCGGCGGCACACGGUGGCCAACGCCCACUCGGACAUCCAGCUGCUGGCCAUGGCCACCAUGAUGCACUCAGGCCUGGGCGAGGAGCCGGGCAUUGAGGACCAGCACCUGCUCCUGCCACCCAGCUUCUCUCCGCCCCACCGGCAGUGCUCCAGCGAGCCCAACAUCACCGACAGCACUGAGGAGCUGGGGGAGGUGGCAGCGGGCAGCCAGGAGGGCUCGGAGCUAAACUGUGCUUCCCUCGGCUGAAGGCCCACCUCGGGACUUCCCAGCUCCUGCCUGGACGCCCACCAGGAUGAGGAUGCCCCGUCCCGGGCAGCUGAGGGACUCCUCCUUUGGGCCAUGUUGCCUUCUGGCCUUUUGGGUUCGGGCCUAGUCUGAGUGCGCUGGGUAAAUCCCUGUUGUCAGCCUCCCUUUGUCAUGACUGUGACCGCUGCUCUGCAGACACACAGACCCAACUGCUAAUGUUCACUUCUUGACCUCCAGCCUUGCCUGCCUAACUCACAUGCUCACCUCCGGGCCUUUUCCCCUCAGAUACUGGACUGCCUCAUACUCCCAAUGAUAUAUCCCGUAUCCCUGGCAUUCCCAUAGCAGGAGCUUGUCUGGGCCACACGCAAAACCAUCCAGGAUGUGUUGGCUUUCAGAGUCCCUUUGGGUUCCGGUGAUGCGGAGCCUUACGGGUGACAGCGAGAUACCUCUGCUCCCGUCUAGUGGAGUGUAGGUAGCCUGCAGCCCUACACAGCAGGGCUCUGGGGAUGCGCCUUCCUUGUUUUAGUUUCAGAAUUCCUGGGGAAGAGCUGCCGGCCUCGUGGGUGAGGGGCCACCCUCACCUCCAUCUAGACCCUCCAUGCUGCCUUUGGCAUUUGGCUCAGGGGGGCCACAAGGGUGGGGAGAGCCCGUCUCCGAUCAAGCCUCAGCAUUUCCCUCUUGGGCUUCUUCCCAAGCUCAAGGAACUGACCUCCCCGGUGGCGUAGCUGGUGCCUUCCUCCCUCCCUCAUUUCAGAAACUGACCAUUUUCCUAGUGUGAGUGAGGGGCCAGCUGCUACCAACCAGCUAGUCUGUUCCUGGAUUUGACUUGAAUUUUUUUAAAUGUGCAUCAUUUAAAAAAAAAAUUGCAAAUAUUUGCACGUAGGAUCUUGCACUGCUCAUUUCCAACGGGGCGUGUCUUCAGACUAAAAAGUAAGCAACACCCCUAAGAACGGAGCCUGGCAGUGGGUGAGGGGAAAGUCCUCCGUGCGGGCAGGGCUCAUGGGCUGCAGCUCUGGAAGCUGCCGGACUUGAAUCCAGAAGGGCCUGUGUGUGUGCGUGUCAUAGUCUAGAGGAAAAGCUGCUGCAGGGGUCUCAGCUUGCUCUGGGAGCCGAGUGGCAGGUCUCAUUGCUUUCCAGAGGGGAGACGGGGAGAUGUGGGCGGGGCCUUUUGGAGAGAUGUUCGUUCCCUGGGAUUAAAGAAGUGCCCGGAAGGGCCUGGAAUUUCUCCCAUGUGAGGUCUCAGAAUGCUGUUUGGGGCAGUGGGCUUUGGUGCUGUGCCGGUCCUCCACAGUGCUCCCUCCGGGCCCCGGCUCUUAUCCACCCUGAACCCCUCUUCUUCUCUUCGUAUUUGCCUGUUGGCCCCACUGAUGACAGCUCCAGAAAAAAGAGAAGGCUCUGGAUCCUUCUGGCACCUUCUAGGUGUUCUCUUAGUCUCUCUGUUUGUGAAAUCUCAGAGACGGGAGUCAGCUUGGCUUUGAAAGGGGCGGGAGGUGGCUGGGAGAGGAUGAGGAAGUUUGAGCUGCCAGCGGGGGAGAGACCUCAGCACAUCCAAACCUUGAUGGCAUUUCCCUUCUGGGUGAAGAUCUGAAAUAUGACCUGAGUUGUGCUUUUGGUGGCUUGUAAUUUGGAAAUUCUGUUUAAAAAGUCGUUUCAUUUUCAUCCUUCUAAGAGAGUGAUGGAAGAGAAAUGUCCAAAAGAGAUCUGAGAAUUCCAAGCUAAGAAAAAUCUGUGUGUGUUGGAUAAAGUCCACAAAUUGACUAACAUGCAUUUAGGAAAUGGAAUAUCAGUAAGUAGCAGCAAUAUGAUUUCUUCAACUGAGGGCUUUUGUCCUCCUUGGUAUACGACAGCACUUGGCACUAGCAUUUAUUGAUCCAGGCAAAGUAAUUAAUCGUGCUUGGAUUUGCUUUUUUAGUUUGCAACAUUCACAGUAUAUGUUUUUAAAAUGUCUUUUCCAUAUACAAAAUGCCCCUGAUGAGGACAGCAGUCAUCAGUUAAAUAUGUGAGCUCUUAGAUCGAGAAUGGGACUGUCACUUCAGACCCAGUGCACUUAAGUGCUGUUAGUCAGUUUACAACGUCACCUUUGAGGAACACCCCUGAUAACUGGACAGUAAAUAUUUCAGACUGUACAGAAAAAAGUUUUCUUGAUGUUUCUGGGCACGUUAGCCGUCAGAACUACUGCGAGAGUGACAGCUGUAGUGUUUUUAACCACUUUUUCUCCCCUUGAUGAGAUGAAGAUUCAUUUUUGUUAUUGAAGCUAGGAUCUUCCUGUGGCUGAGGUUUAAUGACAGGAAGUGAUCACGACUCUAAAUUCGGAGUGAGCUCACAAGCCAGAAGCCUUUCAUGUUGUCUGUUUCUAACACGGACUCAGUCACCAGCAUUUUGUACACGUCGCCCUGCCCCGCACUGUGCGUCUCGCUUGCAUGUGCAAGUGCGGCAGCCCAUGAGUCUGUGUGUCCUGUCUGCACUACCUGAGCCUGCCUUCCCUGCCUGUGCCCCACGGUGGGCAGCGGCCGCAGCUCGCCGGUCUCCCCUGGGCUUUGUUGCUGUCCUUGGCUGCACCGGCAAGCCAUUUCCUGGAGAAACCGCCUGUCUGCAGCGCCCUGGAAACACUGAGCAAGUCGGAGAGGGCCAGGCCUCUCCUACACCAGCUUGGUCUCUCCUCCUGGAGCGUUUGACCUGGAGGGAACCCUUGCUGUAUUUCCUCACGGACUCUCCCCAUACCUUCCCCUCUGAUUCUGUCCGGCAGAGGGAAUUUAUAAUAUUUUCCUCUCCCGGGAGGGCUAGAGCAGCAUAAGCCCGAGGGAGAGGUGACCUGAACUGAGCGAAGAUGCUGGAGGAUUGAGGGGGGCGUGUACAUUUCGGUUGAGCCUUCAGAGGCUGUGAGGACGGAGAGGAGCCGCUGAGCGCUCGGCCUGCGUAGGUUUCACGGCGCGGGUGUGCCCCCGUGUUCUCUCACGCAUCCCCUCAUCGACCCACCAAACAUUCGUGGAGCUGCCACUGUGCAGGCACUUUUCUUGGUCUGGGGAUGCAGAGAUGGACUGAUGACCAAAUGCCUGUCCUCUGGGAACUUACAAUCUAACAGGGGAAUCAUGUCAAUAGGAUUUCAAAUCAUGAACUGGCUGAAAUAAAGUGGCAGAAGAGUGACGAGGAGCGACGAGAGGGCGGCCUUAGGGAAAGCCUCUCCAAAGUUGACUCGAGCUGAGACCUGAGCGACAGGGAGCCAGCCUCACGUUUGCUUUGGUUUCCUAACUGCCAUGACAAGUCACCACAAGUUAGUGGCUUAAAGCAGCACACGUUUAAUAUCCCUGUAGGCUGGAAGCCUGACGUGGGUCUCACUGGGUGAAGAUCAAGGUGUCAGCAGGGCUGCCCUCCUCUCCUCUCUGAGAGACUCCAUUUCCUUGUCCUUGCCAGGUUCUAGAGGCCGCCUCCAUUCCUUGGCUUGUGGCCCCUUCGUCUUCAACAACGGCAGUGGUGGGUUGAAUCCCUCUCGCAUCGAAUCACGCCAGCCUGCCUCCUGCCCCGCUCUUCUAAUUUCAAGGACCCCCGUGAUUCCAUUGGGCCCACCCCCUAAUCCAGGAUACUCUCCAUCUCAUGGUGUCUGUGGGCACUGCCUCUGCAGCCUCCUCUGCUGACAUCUCUCUCGGUGGGAGAAAGGCCACCACGUGGUGUACUGGGGACCCCAGGAGGGUGAGACUGCAUUGGGCAGGUGGGGUCAGGGGAAGCUGGCUGGCCUGGCCCAGGGGCCUUUAAGCCUGACUUCCACCCACCAUGGCCUGGACUCCCACGGUGACCACGAUGCUGGAGUCCCUUGCUCCAACCCUUCUCUUACUUUCUGUGUCAUGUGCCUGUCAGGCCCUCGUGGUUCCCUGUCUGGACUCCUACGAUUUGGUACUUCCCGUAUUUGUCUCCAGACCCCUCUCUCCCUAUGGACACCACCAGCUGAUCUUUCUAAAAUGCAAUCCCUGCUUAAAACUUUUCCCUGGCUUCCAACAAAAUCCACGCCCCUGAACUUGACUCUGAGGUCCUUCCCCAGCUGGCCCCCACCUGCCUUUCUGGCUUCCUUUGCUGCCCUCUGACUCCCUGUGAACCAGUGUCAGCCUCACCAGGACUGGCACUGUCCAGGAAGCCGCCCUCCACCGCCACACCACCCCCCCCCCCACCCCGCGCCCGCGCCCUGCUGCGCCCACGUUCCUCCGGGGCCCUCCGCACCGCUUCUCCAGGGAGAAGGAGGCAUGCGCCUCUGUGCCUUCUCAGUGCAUGUGCUGGGCAGGGAGGGGUGUGGAGGACUUCUGGCUGCAUGCCUGGGGCCUAGCAAUACAGGGACAGUUCUCAGGGAAGUGCAUUGACGAAUUAGUGGGGUGGUGAUGAUUCUGGUCCCCACCCCUUCCCUCCCAGUACUUGCAGAAAGGACCUUCACCCGCUCUCCUUUCUCCUGUGGCAAGGCCCUUCCCCCUGCUGCUCCCUAAGCAUGUUCCAACUGGGCUACAGAGUGGCCAGGUGACCUGUGAACACAGGGGGGCCACAUCUGAGCCCUUCCCUGCAACCCCUCCCCUUCCUGCUCCAGCCACUGGCUGCCCAUCCCUGCCGAGAGAGAGCCAACCCUGCCCCCAGGGCUGCUGCUUUGCUCCCGACCCAGCGGCCUCUUCCAUGGCCUGUCCUCUUUCGGUCUGUGGUGAGAAAUUCCUUUGGGGCCUUUGGGGCCUGGAACAUGUGCCUGAGGGAGGGGGAGAGAGCUUGCCUCCCGCCAAGAAGUAAGAGGGAGAGUCCCAGGCCAGUGUGCUCGGGCUGCCCUCAGGAUCCAGCACAGGAAGGUUCCGAUUCUGCUGGCUGGUGUGCCCAGCACUGUGCUGGUCCUCAUGACAGCCUUGCAAGGCAGUAUCACCCCCAUUUUCUGGAGGGGGGGGGGACCUGAGGCUUGAGUUCCUUAAGCAAUGGAGAUGGGACUCCACCCCAGGUUCCUUCACCCCAAAUCUCCUGGCCAUCCUAUUUCAUGUUAUCCUGGCUUGACAGAAGGUGAGGAAGCAGAAGAGCCAAGCCAGGGCGUGAUCUCAGCCUGCUACAAGGCGAGAUGGUUUCUGGGUUUCCAGAAAAGCGGAGAAGCAAAGUUGCUUCUCUUGCUCUUCUCCAGCCACUUCUAGGAAAACCUCAGGGGAUGGGGAGUGGGGCCGGGGGUGGGGACUCUGCUGUCCUGUACGGCGGACUUCUCAUGUAGAAAAGAUGUCAGAGGGGUUUUUUCCUUUAAAAAUUGGUAAGUUUAAAUUUGGCUUUAAAAAUAAUAUUUUAAUAAGUUUAAUAAUUGGUAAUCGUUUAAUAAAUACAAUUAAUUUUGUCUUUAGAAUCAAUAUUGAAUUUAAGAUACAGAUUAAAAAACCUUUUUUAGGCUUUUAAGUUGAGCUUACAAAUCUUAUUAUUCGAAGUCUAGCCGAUUCUAGCAAUAACUUUGGAGGUGCCUUUGAACAAUGCUCGGUGCUGUUCACCAGCUCAGCUCAGCCCUUCAAACACGUGCAUUUAUACACUUCAUGUGUUUCUUUCUUUUUUAAGUACUUCGGUUUUUCUGACAGCAUACAAAAUCUUCCCAAAUCCUAAAUUCUUAUGGAAACUAAUAAAUUAAACUUACAAAAAUAA